GGUAAAAUAUAAAAGGAAGCUAUUGGUCGUAGAGGAAACCGAAGGGAGUCGUGGUUUUAAUACUACGAAGGUAAAUAAAUAUGUGCUAGACAGGACACGGAAUAGCAUUCACAUUUCUAGGGUUUCGAGAUCUUCAAAUUUUUCAAGGGUUUGACUGGGUGAGCUUUUCUUACAAUGGGAGGAGGCUUUCGAGUACUACAUCUUGUCAGACCGUUUCUGUCAUUUUUGCCAGAAGUUCAGAGCGCUGACCGGAGAGUUCCUUUCAGAGAGAAGGUCAUCUACACUGUGAUCUCUCUUUUCAUCUUUCUAGUGUGUAGUCAGCUCCCACUAUAUGGCAUACACUCGACAACAGGUGCUGAUCCAUUUUAUUGGAUGCGAGUAAUUCUUGCAUCAAACCGGGGUACAGUCAUGGAGCUAGGGAUCACCCCAAUUGUGACAUCUGGGCUAGUGAUGCAACUCUUAGCUGGGUCAAAAAUUAUUGAAGUGGACAACAGCGUUCGUGAAGAUCGUGCUCUCUUAAAUGGAGCGCAAAAGUUGUUGGGUAUUUUGAUAGCUGUUGGUGAGGCUGUUGCGUAUGUUCUAUCUGGAAUGUAUGGUAGUGUUGGCCAACUUGGAGUUGGAAAUGCAAUCCUCAUCAUUAUCCAGCUCUGCUUUGCCGGAAUCAUUGUGAUAUGCUUAGAUGAGCUUCUUCAAAAAGGAUAUGGUCUUGGGUCUGGUAUUUCCCUAUUUAUCGCAACCAAUAUCUGUGAAAACAUCAUUUGGAAAGCUUUUAGCCCCACAACCAUUAACAGUGGACGGGGAGCUGAAUUUGAAGGUGCUGUUAUAGCCUUGUUCCAUCUAUUGAUAACACGAACAGACAAGGUCCGUGCGCUCCGUGAGGCUUUUUACCGACAAAACCUUCCGAAUGUUACAAAUCUACUAGCAACAGUCUUGAUCUUCUUAAUUGUCAUUUACUUCCAAGGGUUCCGGGUUGUGUUGCCUGUAAGGUCUAAAAACGCACGUGGACAGCAAGGGUCAUAUCCAAUCAAGCUUUUCUACACCUCCAACAUGCCCAUCAUUUUACAGUCUGCACUAGUUUCUAAUCUUUAUUUCAUUUCCCAGUUGCUGUACAGGAGGUACAGCGGCAAUUUCCUCGUAAAUCUUUUAGGAAAAUGGAAGGAGUCUGAAUAUUCAGGUGGCCAGUUCAUUCCUGUUGGUGGUAUAGCGUACUAUAUCACUGCGCCAUCAAGCUUGGCUGAUAUGGCAGCGAAUCCUUUCCACGCAUUGUUUUAUCUUGUGUUUAUGCUGUCAGCAUGUGCACUAUUCUCGAAAACAUGGAUCGAAGUUUCUGGGUCUUCUGCUAGAGAUGUUGCCAAGCAACUCAAGGAGCAACAAAUGGUGAUGCCUGGGCAUCGAGAAUCAAAUUUACAGAAGGAACUUAACCGUUACAUACCCACUGCAGCAGCCUUCGGAGGAAUGUGUAUUGGGGCUUUAACUGUUUUGGCAGAUUUCAUGGGAGCUAUAGGUUCUGGAACUGGGAUUCUUCUUGCUGUCACAAUUAUAUAUCAGUAUUUUGAGACAUUUGAGAAGGAAAGAGCAAGCGAGCUAGGUUUCUUUGGCCUCUAGUCCUGGAAAGUUUAAUUUGGUCGAGGCAGUCGUCAGGUCCUGUUCUGGGUCUAGACAUCCUAGGCACAGGGUCCAGAAUUUUGUUGGCCCAAAUGUGGGUUUAUGGUAAUUUUCUGUUAUAACCCUUGAGAAAUGCAAUAGCCAUUGGUCUACCCUUUUUAUCUUUUUUUUUUUAUACUCUUGUCAUUAGCUGUUAUUAAGGGUUUAUGCAAAUUUACUGUUUUAAUCGUGGUCCA